CUCAGUCUGAUUCAGUCAGCCGGUUGUCGGUGUUCGCCGUCUGCGACUCCACCGCACACACAGUGCACACACGACGCUCGACCUCGUCGCGAGCGGCUGAUGCGCAUCGUAAAUACCGCACGCAGCUUCGCCGGUUUCUCGUGGUUAGUGGUUAAUUUUAGCCCAGCUCGCGCGCGGGCACAACGCCGCUAGAAAACUGCGCGGCGAAUUUCUUGCUCGGAAAUCGCCACAGCGCAACGUGAAAGUUAAAACUCUCCAAAAAUAACAACAUUCACCAAAACAAAACACUAAUAAACUAAUUCAUCGAGGUGAGUGUAUUUAUUUUACACAAAACAAUGAAUAAAAACAAUCCGAAGUUGGAACUUGAACUCACAGUGCAAUAUCAGGAUAUCUUCAGCGCGGGACGAUGAUAAGGAGUAGAUUGGUGCGUGUGUGAAUUGGGUUGCAUAUCAAUUUGUGAUUGGCAAGGACAUAUCAUGUUGGGGGUGCUGAAACGACGUCUCAAGCCCAAACGGGCUGUACAAAACGAUACAAAUCACACGAAUCUCAUCGUGGAAGAAAAACCCCGUCUGGGUAACAAUGCAAGCAUCCGCCAUCAAGUGCACCCCGUCUGUGACGAAAAGGCACAGCUGCUGGCGGCGUACGACCACCAGCAUCACACGAACGCCAUCAACAAUCGUGAAAACAAGGAGAUGCAUCAGAAGCGCGAGAGCAAGCGCUCGCCGUCGCCAGAGUCGAACGCCAGCCCGCCCCCGUAUCCGAAACGCGCGAGUCUCGAGUCGGGGACGGCGACAAGCCCUACCUACCCUCUAGCGCCGAAUAUCUGCGUCGAGGGUGGUCGCAUUGAGUUCAUCAAGCUGAGUCCAGAGGGCGACGCGUAUCCACUCACGUUGGCGCAGCAGAAUGAAAAGGUGGAGGGGAAACAUGCUUGUGGAAACUGCCGGCAGGUGGCGCCGCCUGUACCAAGUCCUAGAAUUACCAUCACUCGGGGGAUGCAGACUGAUUUCGAGACUGAUGGCGAGGAAAAUCAAUUGGCAACUGAGGUUUUGGAGAGUAAAAUUUGUGAGCUGGAGGCUUCGAUUCUGCAGAUGCAGAAGACCGAACGACGUGAUAAGCAAGAGAUUGCGAAACUACAGAAGCAACUGUCAAAGAGGGAAGCGACCCAAAGGGAUGCCGACCGCGAACGUCGCCUGCGCGCGGACAGCGAGUCCAAGACGAAGCAGGCGCUGCAGGAGGCGGCGCGCUGUCGCAGCCGCCUCAAGCUUCUCACCAGUGAAUUCUCCAGAAUGGAAGAAACUGUGCGUUCAAUGCUGGUGUAUAAGAAACAAGCCGAGUUGCUGAAACAAGAGAAGACUUCAUUGACUAUUGCCUUUGAGAAUCGUUGCCAGCAAUAUCAAAACACAAUUCAGCGACUUAAUCAAGAGAUCUUCGCGUUGCGCCAGCAGGUGGAGAACGCGACGAAUUUUAAAUCCGACAGUGCGCAGGCCUUACUUCUACAGAAACAUGUCGACGAAUCACGUAGACAAUACGAACGAUGCUUGGAUGAUGUUGCGAAUCAAGUUGUACGCGCAUUAGUAACACAAAAAGGCUUAAAAGAAGAAGUGUGUUCGUUAAACGCACGAAUUAUCGAUCUUGAAGCACAGAAUUCUACAUUGGGCGCCAUGUUGGUGCAACAGUUUGCUUCAACUCAUGCGGAGACAAUUCCGAUGAUGGACAACGAGGAACAGACUCAAUCACGCCUGGGUUUGGAACCUCUUUCGCUUAGUUCAUUGGUUUCCCGACAGGAGGAAGAUAAUACUUCAGCGGAUGUUUCACCGCUGAUGAAAAGCAAAAGCAGUGUCUCUUUGAAACACUGCAAUUCUUUUAAUUCGGAGAUUCUUGAUGUGAAUUUGACCAACAAUACAACUACGUCGCCGAAUGUUACUAUUACACCCGAAUUCAAUGAUUGUGAUAAACUCUGCCGCUUGCAGAAAAUUGAACGGCAUUUGUCUGCUGGAUCUGAACUUUUAGACUCAAGAUUAUCUUUAGAAGAUAAGAAACGCCAUCAAGUGCUAACGAAGCUCUGGACUGAAUUGAAAGGCUCCGAAGUGACGCCGAAGCGUUUAAUAGAAGCACUCUCCGCCGUAGACUCCGCCCUCUGGGUACCACCGCAACGCCCUGUUUCCCUCAACCUGCAACUGCCCAUCCUACAAUCCGGGAAGUACCGACGCACACGCCCUGUUUUAGUGCAGACGGUUUCCAAGAGUGAAGAAACCGAAGAGACUGUUGAAACCGGAAACGAAUCACCCGAGAGCGGCAACCGCGACGAGGGCUACUCUACGAUGUCCUCUGAUGUACAAGCAGAGGUAUCACGUGGUAAUGGUGAUACUGUCACGCGCACCACCGUUCCCUUGGAGGAACUCAAGGAGGCUACCGAUGAGACGGACAACAAUGGCGAACCGGACGUCUUCUACAUUCCCAUCAAUUUAUUAAAUCUAAAGCCACGUAAUAGCUUCCCGCCGGGUAAGGACUUCCUGCCUUUUCAACACAUCAUGCGCAGCUUCAGCGACUCGCAUUUGUGUAUUAAAAUUACCACGGCGCCGAGCCCCAGUUGCUAUACCUUCAGCAGUCCGAUAUCCAGUAGUCCUAGUAUUUUGGUUGUUGAUAUCACGGAUCGUAACCUCAAUCGUAAUCCGCUUAGACGGGCUAAAGCAACAUCUACGCUUGCGGCGCCCUCUGCCGGCAGUGAGGAAACAAAAUCACCGCAAUCGUGGAGCAGCAGCGUCGAUGACCGAGUGGAAUGUUCAACGUUUGAUGCGGAUUACAUUCAACAUUGGUUGCGAUUGGAUGAUACAAGGUCUACUUUACAGCAGCAACAUAGAGAUUUGUUUGAGUUGGAGUAUGACAAGACGGAGCUGGAGGAUUGGAGUUUGAGUUUGUCAAAUGAAGAUCUCAGAGAGCAGCAGUGGCAAGUUAAACAUGGAACUGCAGUUACGCCAGGACAGUAUUCCCUGUCGACUUUGCCGAGUAUUCAGGAGAAUAACGCGUUGGAAUUGGAAGAAGAUGCUAGUGAAUGCCUCUGGAAUAGUUCCAGUUACAUGGUUGAUCAUGAGGGACACGAGAUUGUUACGCUAUUGAUGGACGCGUCGCCGGAGUGCCAAAAAUGGCCGUACGCGGUGAAUUACCAACUGAAUGUGAAUACUUCACCGGAUAAUAGCUGGUCCAGCGGGGGUAGUGAUUGUUAUCAACCAGAAACUUGUUCGAAAAGAAGUUCGGCUGCGUUGAGUGGAUGUAGCGAUGAUACUGGAGAGCUUCCUUUGAUCGGGACUGAUUUUACUAGAGAUUUCUACAGAUUGGUAAAGUUUGAAAGCACAAAGAGCUUGGCGUCAACGUCGUCUCGCAGCGUGGGCGGCGCGCUCUCCGAGAACGGCGAGCGUGAAGCCGCGCUCCAAAAUGUUCUGACCUUCAUCGCCGAACAACAAAAGUACGCGCAGAAUCGCGAAUCGCCAACUUCCACGGACCUCACCAAAGAGUUCAACAUUGAGGCACCUGCGCAAAUGCUAGACGAAACUAAAGUGUCUCCGAUAUCAUCCACCCAGUCUUCCAUACCACCUGAACCUUCAAACACCUGCCUUAAUCCACCCGACGAACUCCUCAACGCCGAAGAAACAAAUGAAGGAAAUUACGUGACAUUGAAACAACUCUCCGAGUUAAAAAUUGGGCGCGUAUUAGAAGAGAAAAUCACAUACGCUGAGGAAGUUUGUCUUGUAACGCCGCUUGAGGGCGAAAGUGAGAACUGCAGCCAUAUUAAUGCGGUGCCCGUUGAUAUCUGCGCCAGUGAGGUGACAACUGUUGAAGAAGUCAAAUCGCUGAAUGAAUCAUUCACUUCCAGUGUAAGUACACCUGACACGAUUGUAUCAAAGAUUCCACUGCGGAGAAAGAGUAAGAUUCCGGUGUCACCGGCGAAAACUGCUCAGAGUGUUGCCAAGCUGACCAAAUCGAAGAUUCCGCAUCGGACUGGCAGCCGAAACGGAUCACCUUCGCAUGUUGCUAAUACUUCAACAAACAAUGUUAGUACUAACAGUAAUGCAAGCAUUAUCGAUGGGCCUCCACAUAGAGCGAUGAGUUUUCAUGAGCGAGCGACAAGUAAGGAUGUUAUUGAUGAAUUAAACAGAAUGAUUCGCAAUGGAGAUGAGAACAGUCAAGAUAGUCAGGAGAGUUUAGACGUUGUGCGCAAUUUAGAUGAAGGGUGCAUGCCAACUGGCUGGGUACAUGUCGAACGAAAUGUUGACUUGAACGAUCCCAAAGCACGUGCAAGUCUUCUAGACGUGAUGAUGGCGUCCGUUUCGUCUGAUUCCUCACCAUCGAGUUCGUGCGGUGGUAGCGUCAGUAGUGAAUCAAUGGAGGAACAACUGGACUAUGGGCAACUGCACAAAAUCCAUCGCUACCAUCGCCAAAAGAAAGCCCAUGCGACACGUCCAGAAUUGGCUGUGGUCCGCGCCAGCGCACCGCUCUACCGCCCCUCGAUCAUCGGCCGGCCAGAUUUCUUCGUGCGUUACGGCGAUAAAGAAAAGGAAGCAGUGGCAUCUUUUGAUUUUUUGGACGACAUCUGUACUUCGGGGAACGUAUCCGAGUGCAACGUGGAUGAAUAAAACUUUUGAUGAGAAUCUAAAAGCAAAUGGCGCUAGUUGUACAAAGAUGUAACAAUAAUUCGUAUACUAACUUAUAAACUUAUCCCUGCGACCAGGUGCGACUGCUGAUAUAUAUAUUUAAAACUUACUUAAAGCAAAGUAUUGAGACUCGCGAUGCGCAGACGAAAUAAUUUAACACUUAUGAUUUACACUUUAUUUAUUAUUUAUGCGAUAAUGUUAAAUGUUGUACAUAUAUUAGUGAUCGGCGUUCCACUGUCAAAGCGUAAUCAAUAAAAUUUGACCGAAGACUGUACAUAGGGUGCAUGGAAUGCCUCGAAUUAUUGUAAAUUAUGAGGUGGUGAAAAAUGGCAAAACAAAAACAUACAAAAAACAAGUUGAAGUUGAAGUAGUCACUCCUUUUGUGAUAUUCUGAUUCUUUCUAACAAAACGUUACGCUGGAAGGAAGAAACCAGAAGUACUAUUAUUAAUUAUUACUUGUACUUACUACAUAUUAUUAAAUAUUUCUAGAAAACGCGAUGCGAGUAAUCACACAUUCAAACGUGCAGAAAUUUUCAAAUCAAAACCAGCAAUUUGAUGAUCAUAUAUGUGAAGUGCAUUGCAAUGCAUUUUAGUGAUUUGUGAUACAAUUUGAUGAUAAUUCUAAUUUUGUUGUUGGUUUGGUGAUUGGUUGACUAAUAGCCAAUCACAGAAUCCAGAAUGUAAUCAAUGUGUGACACACGUUUUCUCUCCAAGCGACUACAGUAUUUAAAGUCUUUUAAAGUCUUCUCCUCUCCUCUUUAACACUUUAAUAAGGCAUCCUAAAACAUACUACUACUACCUACUAAUUGUAGAAAUAUUUUGACAACUAUAAGACGUGUCAAGAACAUGCUAUGACUAUGACAAUUAUGAUUACACACAAACAUACUACAUACUACUACAGAUUUCGUAGCGAGAACUGAAACAAUAUAGCAACAAUAGAAACAAUAGCGAGGAAUUAAUAAAGUAGCCGUAGCGUAUAUUGGAGACGCGUCAAAGCGAUAAAAUGAAUAAUAAUAAUAAUAAUAUUAAUAAAGAAUAAAUACAAUACAAUAUGAUACAAGUGUGAAAUGAUUGUGACUUUGGUGAAACUUGGUCAAAUGUGAACAUUUGUGAAUGUACAUUAAUUAGGUGUGUAGAGUGUAUUUUUAUAUAGGCUUAUCACUUAAUAUAUAUAUGAAUAUUAAUAUAUAUAUAUUAUAUUUAGUACAAAGAAAUAGUGAAAUAA